AUGCGUGCGCCGGUUACCUUCGAGAAAUUUGAAGUUCAUGGCGACAUGAAUAUGAUACCCGAUGAUGUUAUGGCUUCGAUUAAGAAGAAUAGAGUUUGUUUGAAGGGCGAAUUAAUUACGCCGGUGGGCGAAGGGGUUAAUUUGUUGAAUCCUAUGUUGAGGAAAGAACUGGAUUUGUAUGUCUCGCUUGUGAGCUGUUUUAAUUUGCGUGGGUUGCCUUCUAGGCAUGAAAACGUCGAUAUCGUGGUGAUCAGGGAGAACACGGAGGGGGAGUAUUCGGGUUUAGAGCAUGAGGUUGAUCCUGGUGUCGUUGAAAGUCUUAAGGUGAUAACAAAGUUCUGCUCUGAACGCAUCUCAAUAACAGAAAGACUGGAGAUUGCUAAAAGAUAUCCCAACAUCAAAUACAACGAAAUUAUUGUUGAUAAUUGUUGCAUGCAACUUGUUUCAAAGCCUGAGCAAUUCGAUGUCAUGGUGACUCCUAACCUUUAUGGUAACCUAGUUGCAAACAUUGCAGCUGGAAUUGCUGGUGGGACAGGUGUCAUGCUAGGAGACUUCUUCGAUCUCAACCUCUUUGGAUCUGCAGAAAUGAUGGAGGUGGUGGAGUCGGUUUCGGGGUUACCCUAG